AGUAAGGUUCUCAAUGUGGAUGAAGAGAUGGACCCCUCAUUUUCUAUUUAUUUAUUUUUUUAAUUGUUUUUUUUUUCGAAGAAGAAGAACCUUAGGUUAGUAUCAUUUAUUAAUAUUACCAUCUGGGACUAUCACUAAGCCACAGUAUAAAUGUUGCAGGAUAAACGAUGAGAUUUGAAAGCCAUAAUUAGUAGAUUUAAAUGAAUUGCAAAUGAUCAUACGUCUUUCAUUUGUUAAUAUGCAUUACAGAACACAAUGAAUCAUUUAUCGUGAAUCAACUUACAGAAAGUUGAAGAAAGAUGUUUUUUCUGUCAUUAUCUCGGCAUUUCUCUCUCAGCUCUUUGAAGACAUCACGAGUGAGCGCUCCUUAUUACUGCCUCCGUGUUUCUGUUUGUAUUGAUAGAUGAGCGGAAGAAGAACUAGUUCCUAACUAACCUACACAACUAUUUAUUAAUAUGAUUCUGAUUCAUUUUUUCACUCCGGCGCUGUUGACAUCAAUCAUUUUUGAGAAAAAAUUUAAAAAAUAAGAAAGAAAGAAAGCACUUGUUAAAACACUUAGUAUCGAUAUUAUUGAUGUGAGAAUGACCUGUCCUCGCGAUAAAUCAAAUACUAUAUUUGAAGAUCGAUCCGCCCAUCGGUAGUGAGAAUGAGACGGUCGCUCUUUGCGACGAGAGGAGCGUCUCUUAUUCAAGAGCCUCAUCUCACUCACGGUGAGUCAGUCAGUAAAACUGACCGAAGGGAUUUCUUCAUGGAGUACACCUGCAAACUUUCAGCUGCUUUUAAGUUAUGCUUUUUAACUGCGAAUGCGAUGUGAAUGCGCUGAACUUAGUAGAACAUCGACGCCUCCUGAUCCUGUGCUUUUUAUCAGACAUUGAAGAACAUAUUGCGGGGAGAUUAAACGAUGUUUUUCAGUGAUGGCAAGAGUAGAUCAUGGUCGCUGGGGGGUGUGAAGAGAUACACAAAAUCUUAAAGGAAGAGGACUGCUUGUUAUCUCGACAAAAGCAUCACCUCAGAAACAUGAGGGACUGUCUCCUGUGGAACUUCGCCAAAGUGAUUCUGUUCUGGACAUUAGUUGAUGCUCAGGCAGGUGAAGAUGGUGAGAUUACAGCUGAAGAACAGGUGCAGAUGCUGCUGGAUGCAAAGCUGCAGUGUCUACAGAAGGUCUCCACAGACGACCCUGCAGUUGGUGUGUGUGUCCCAGAGUGGGAUGGUCUGAUAUGUUGGCUGCAAGGCUUCCCUGGAACUCUGACCAAGACCCCCUGUCCCAGAUAUAUAUAUGACUUCAACCAUGCAGGACACGCUUACAGGAGGUGUGACUCUAAUGGUUCCUGGGUGCUUGCAGAGAGCUCAAACAAGACCUGGGUCAACUACACUGAAUGCAUCAAAUCCCCAGAACCCAACAAAAAGAGACAGGUCUUUUUUGAACGGCUGCACAUUAUGUACACAGUAGGCUAUGCAGUUUCCUUCAGCUCUCUUCUAGUGGCCAUCUUUAUUAUUGGAUACUUCAGGCGUCUCCACUGCACCAGGAACUACAUUCACAUGCACCUGUUUGUUUCCUUCAUGCUGCGUGCUGUCAGCAUCUUUGUGAAGGAUCACGUGGUACACACUAGUGCCAGGCUGCAGGAAUUUGAUGCUGUGCUUAUGAAUAACUUCACUAAUGCUGUGGAUGUGGCACCAGUGGACACUUCACAGUAUAUGGGUUGUAAAGUGACCGUCUUGCUGUUUAUCUAUUUCCUGGCUACAAACUACUACUGGAUCCUGGUAGAGGGCUUGUACCUGCACAGUCUCAUCUUCAUGGCCUUCUUGUCUGAUUCAAAGUACCUGUGGGGCUUCACUUUGAUCGGGUGGGGUGUUCCUGCUCUUUUUGUUGCAGCAUGGGCAGCUGUCAGGGCAACGCUGGCAGAUGCAAGGUGCUGGGAGCUGAGUGCAGGAAACAUCAAAUGGAUCUACCAAGUCCCCAUUCUGACAGCCAUUGGGCUUAACUUCAUCCUGUUUGUGAAUAUCGUGCGGGUUCUUGCCACCAAGAUCCGCGAGACCAAUGCAGGCAGAUACGACACACGGAAACAGUACAGGAAGCUUGCCAAAUCUACACUUGUGUUGGUGUUUGUAUUUGGAGUGCACUACAUUGUGUUUGUUGGAAUGCCACACACAUUCGAAGGUCUUGGCUGGGAGGUGCGGAUGUAUUGUGAGCUGUUCUUCAAUUCUUUCCAGGGCUUCUUUGUGUCUAUCAUCUACUGCUACUGUAAUGGAGAGGUCCAGACUGAGAUCAAGAAGACAUGGACACGGUGGAACCUAUCGUUUGAUUGGAAGGGCCCGGUAGUGUGUGGGAGCUACCGCUACGGCUCUGUGUUGACGGGCCUUAACAACAGCACCAGCAGUCAGUCCCAGCUGGCUACCGGCGGCCCAUGCACCCGUUCCACCACGCUCUUCUCCAGCCGAGUCUACCGCAGCAGCGGGGGGCCAACUAUCAGUGCCCAUGCCACCUUGCCAGGCUAUGUGCUCAAUUCAGAUGCUGACAGCUUGCCACCAUCCAUACCCGAGGAGCCAGAGGACAGUACAAAGCAGGUUGAUGACAUCCUGCUGAAGGAGUCCCUGCCCACGAGGCCCAGCAGUGGCCUGGAGGAUGACGAGGAAACUCUGUAGAUAAUGGUGCGGUGAUAGACAGACAAAUUGGGUGUAAUAGCACAUUGGCAUUGUUUAAAGAGCAAAAUGUCAGUUUGUCACCUGCAGCGCACACUGCUUUGGGUGGCAACAGCACUUCUACAUCGGACACUUCCUGUUCAAGCUGUGACACAUAGUUUUGUUUUUGACACAUUGCCAUAUGCAGACAGAUUGAUAUGUUCAUGGCAAGAUAUCUCCACUCAUCACUGUAACAAAAACUAUUCACAGCUAUGGAAAUGCUGAUGAAUAAAGUUUCUUGUUGCUUCAUGCAGUUCUUAAACUGCCAGCUAGACAGUGUGAAUACUUGAGUUGAUUUUCAAUUGCAAUGCCAACUAUUUAUUUUUAAAUACUGGUUUCAGUUGCUAAGAUGUCAUCAAGUCAAGAGCAUGACUUCCACACAUUUGUGUAGACCACAGAAGCAAUGCUCAGGAUAAUUGAUUUUUAUUAAGUACUAUUGAAUGCUGGAGUAAAAAUAAAUUUAACCAUUGUCCUUCCUGUCUCCAUUGUCCUUCAUGUAUUCCACUUCAGAGGAAAAAUUUUAAUAGUUUAAUAAAAUUGCUUUCAGAUGCAUAAAAAAAUCUGACAGUGCUGGUUUCUUAAAUGUAAGAGUUAUUUUCCACUUUAUCACCGACAUCACAUCAUGGCAGUUUGUGGUUGUUUAGACCGGAAACUCUGAAGCUACAUGUCACUCACCUCAGAGGCCCUGUUUACACCUGGUAUUAAGAUGCGUUUUGGUCGAUCCGAUCACAAGUGGACGACGCUAAAUGCAGGGGGUGUAAAAAGUUUUGAGCUUGUCCACUUUCAACCACUUCCAGAGGUUGUCGAAAACGCAUUCGAUCAGAUUGCUCUUGUAGUGUGGGUACUCGUAGUCAAAUGAAUUCAAACAGCCACAGAAGACC